AUGCAAUUCGAUCAUGUCGCAGAGGAGCAACAAGAAAAAAACUUUACCCUCUGGGUGCAGGCUCUUCUACGGAAAUCGCCAGAGUACCUAGCGAUGCAUCUUGCACCGAUACACCACCCUGGAAAACCCACUGCAGCGUGCCUGUGGAAGAAUGGCUCUUUCAAUAUAUGCUACCGGGUCAAGUACGAGGACGGAUUCAACGCAAUCGUCCGCUUUGCUGCCUUUGGGAGAACUAUACACCGCAGAGAGAAAGUCGACAAUGAGGUUGUCACCAUGAAAUACCUUGCCCGAUACACAUCAAUCCCGGUACAGGAUGUUCUGGGAUCAGGUACAUGCGGGGCCGGCCCUUACAUUGUCAUGAGUUUUGUCGAAGGCGCGCCACUUGCGGAAUUUCUCAAGGAUCGGCACCAGAAAGGACGGCCAGUUCUGAACCCUCGGCUCAGUGACCGCGUCUUGAAGAGAGCGUACAGGGAAAUGGCUAAACUUAUCCUCGAACUAUCGAAGCCGGAGUUUCAAUACAUUGGAGCACUUCGGCAAAGCGAGGCAAAUUUCUCUGUCACCAGUAGACCUGUGACCUUCAACAUGAACGAACUGGCCACAAGCGCAAACCUUCCCCCUCAAGCAUUCCCAACCCAAGUCUUUGAAUCAGCGCCCGAUUUCUUCACAUCACAUGCCAACCAGCAUAUUUCCCCAACUCCAGCUCCAGCAUGCCUAUUUCGCAACAUAGCACAGGGCAUCUCCACGGAGCGUCGCAACGGCACCUUCCGGUUGUAUUGCGACGACUUCCGACCCUCCAAUGUUCUAAUCGAUCUGCAAAAUCUCAACGUCACGGGUGUUGUUGAUUGGGAAUUUACUUAUGCAGCUCCCGCCGAAUUCACAUACAUUGCACCUUGGUGGCUCUUGCUUCAAACCCCGGAAGACUGGGAGUCAGACCUCCGCGCGUUCUUGGAACGUUUCAUGCCGCGCUUUCGUGUUUUUAUCGAAGCUCUCCGCGAAUGCGAGGAAGGAAGUUCAAAUGAAGGAGAUGAUGCGGCAGUAGUCCCGCAACGUUUGUCUACGCGUAUGGAGCGGUCGCUUGAGUCUGGGCUGUUCUGGGUUUGUCUUGCGGCUAAACAUAGCUCCAUGUUCGACGAGAUAUAUCACGGACCUAUUACGACGAUGGAAGACAGGCUUGGACUAUUGACCAAGGACGAGAGACACAGUCUUGAUGAACUGGUUCGGAUCAAGUUGGAACAUAUUGUCGAAGGGCCUCCAGACACCCAUUACACUGUGGAUGACCUGAUGGGUCUCUGA